AUGCAUCUAGUCCAAUUAUCACUUUUCAUUGCCGUGGCGGUGCUUAUAGCAGCACAACGCGUUGAAGGGUUAAAUGAAUCGGAGAUGAUUCCAACCAGUAAUCAGCUCAUCCAAGUCAACAAAAAGCCUGAAAUUGCUCCGCAUUCUCAUGAAAAGAGAACACUAGAGAAACGACGUAAGAAGAAAAAAGGAGGCAAGAAGAACAAAUUUUAA